UUCAGUCGAAGUCUAACAACGAAUAUAUUCAUAACGAUCACGGUUGGCGCAGAGCUUUCCUGCUAAUUAACUUUUCGCACUAUUUACAUACAUAUGUGCAUACAAGUCAAGUGUUCAAACAAGUGCUGUGUAAAUUAAAUUAAUUUGAAGAAACGAAUUGCUUUGUGUUCUUCAUUUGCUGGCAUUUUUCGAGUUUUUUUAACGCUAAAGUUUUUUUUCUGCCGAUCAAAAUGUCUUACGAUAAUAAGGGUAAUCCACCACCAUACUCCGCUCCCCCACCCGGAUUUCAACCGGCCGCAUACUAUCAACCGCCGCCACCACAACCGAUGCCACCACCACCACAACCACAAACAUCCACGGUGAUCAUUACGACCACAAGGCCGACCGUGAUUCCGCUGAGUGAGGAUCCAACGCGCAUCACUUGUCCCUCAUGCCACGCGGAUAUUCUGACGACCGUGAAAUAUCAGCCGAAUAGCUGCACUCACAUUUGGGCUUUGGUCUUGUGCUUAUUCAUUUGCUGGCCUUGCGUUUGUGUGCCCUAUUGCAUGAACUCCUGCCAGAAUGCAAAUCACUAUUGUCCAAAUUGUAAUGCAUUCAUUGGCAGCUAUAGAAACUAAUUUCAAUAAAUCAAAAUAAAAAGUGAAGAAAAAGUCAAACACACACAUACAUACCUUAUUUACAACAACCAAAGUGGCAAGAGAAAGACGAAAACAUUCAAAAGUGUUUGGAUAGAGCUGAAUGAAGCAUAGGUUACUUGGAUUGGAGCCGAAAUUUUAAAUACUGGGCAAUUAUAAGGACGAAUUAUCGAAAAAGCAGAUAUUCACAUACUUAUAUAUUGAAUAAAUACUUUUUGUUAUAAACAGGACGCAAUGUCCCAUAUUUGAAGUAAAAAUUCGACAUAUUCUAUGCUUCUUUCCUCCACGUAUGCUACAGUUACUUAUUUGUAUAAUACAAUGUAAAAACUUUGUACUUUAUAAAAUUAAAAAAAUUACUUUGGUAGCUAUAAUAAAUAUAUAUAUGUAAAUGCAUUUAAUGGUAAAUAUAUAAUAUAUAUGUGAUAAAAGA